GGUUCCCUCACUAUAUAAGCAGAUGGGCUUUCCCACUCUUUUCCUCUCCAUAAUCUCUUUGUAUUCUGAUUCAUUCAUUCAUCUACCAUUUCCUCCCAAGAAACAGCAAAGCAUUCCUCCAAUGGCAACCAAAGUCUACAUUGUUUACUACACCAUGUACGGUCAUGUUGAGAAGCUGGCACAAGAAAUAAAGAAAGGUGCUGCAUCAGUUGAAGGGGUUGAAGCUAAAUUAUGGCAGGUACCAGAAAUUCUUUCCGAAGAUGUUCUUGCAAAAAUGCAUGCACCACCUAAAGGUGAUACACCAAUUAUCACAGCUGAUGAACUUGCUGAAGGCGAUGGCUUCGUAUUCGGAUUCCCAACUCGAUUCGGAAUGAUGCCUGCUCAAUUUAAGGCGUUUCUUGAUUCAACUGGAGGUUUGUGGAGAACUCAACAGCUUGCAGGCAAACCAGCAGGCAUUUUUCUCAGCACCGGCUCUCAAGGAGGUGGCCAAGAAACUACCGCGUUGACAGCCAUAACACAGCUUGUACAUCAUGGAAUGAUAUUUGUUCCAACUGGCUAUUCAUUUGGAGCUGGAAUGUUUGAGAUGGAAAAGAUUAAAGGUGGAAGUCCUUAUGGUUCUGGAACUUAUGCAGGAGAUGGCUCUAGACAGCCAACAGAGCUUGAACUGGAACAAGCAUUUCAUCAGGGGAAAUACAUUGCCACCAUUACAAAGAAACUCAAAGGCUCUGCCUAAUUGAAUCUUCCCUACUUGACUUUUCAGUAUUAAUGCAAUUUCUUUGUUUUUUCAUAUAUGUAAUUCUCUUCAAGAACAACAUUCUUUGCUUCAGUUUAAAAUUGCAUUCGUUAUGAACUAAGUAUCAAAAUAUUGAUGUCGGUCAUUGGUCA